GCUUCUAGCCACAGGUUCCUUUAGUAGGUCAGAUGGUCCCGGAACAAUGUAAAGCCGAAGCUAAACUUCUUAUUCUUGAUCUUUUUUAAUAAUUAUCGCUUUGAGUUACUUUUAUGUUGAUUGCUCAAACACACCGAUAUUUUGUAGUAUGGAGGUCGGUGCUUUAUCAUGAAACUCCGCGCGCAGUAUGACAGAGCAGCAUAUAGCGAGUCAAGAAGAGAGCGUAAACCGAGGGAUUCACUUGAUCCGAUGCAGCCUGAGCCUAGCCCACAGAACGGGACCGGGCUGUCAUUAACCCUGCAGCCGGAGCUGCUCGCCCGUAUGCCGGGUACAGCAAUAUCCGGAGGGCCGGAAACAGCCGAGGAAGUCCGAGUUCCAAUCGCCAGCUCGACGAACGGACGAGGUGCGACCUCGCGGAGGCCGAGAGCGACCGAUCACAGCCACUCUCAUUCUCACGUGCACGCGCACGACUCCGACGGCGCGGAGUCGGACCUGGAAUCUGGAGAAUCCAGCAGCUCGUUAUCAGAUCUGCGUUACAUUCUGAGAUGGGUCAAGAAGAGUCUUCCCUUCUUAGUCAUCCUGUGCUCAAAACUGAUCAUUCAGCACGCCCUGGGUCUGGCUGUUGCUGUCGGCUUGUUUACCACUUUUAUGUAUGUCAACAAGAACAUUCAAACGCAAGUGUUUCUCCAUGAUCGAAGGAUAAAGCUGCAGUGUGUCUGGCUCUUGUUGUUCCUCACAUCCUCCAGUCUUCUCCUGUUCUUCACUUUUUACACUCAGUCACUUUACCGCUGCCUUGUCUUUGCCAACCCGAUGAUAGAUUCCCAAAAUUUCUGGGAGGUUUUAUGGUGCAUCGGUGUGACUAACUUCAUUGUGAAGUUUGUCUUCAUGGGGCUCAAGUGUCUUAUUCUCCUUGUCCCUUCCCCCCUUAUGGCGUAUCGGCGAAGGGGUCAGUGGUAUAUGCUUCUAGAAGAAGCGAGUCAGGUGUAUCAGAUGAUUGCUCCUGUCCCGCUCUGGUUCCGCUAUCUGGUCAGCUAUGAUGAAAUAGAGUCUUCAGUAGGGUUGACUCUGGGAAUCAUACUGGCGCUGCUCUACCUCAUAAUGAAGCUUCUAGGAUUGUACGGACAGUGGGGGUCGUUGCAAAAAACGCUACGGGCUUUUCUCAGUUAUGAGGUGAACGGAACAUCUGCAACUUCAGCUCAAUGUGUAGAAGCAGGUGAUAUCUGCCCAAUCUGUCAAGCAGACUUUAAGCAGCCUCGGGUUCUCUUGUGUCAGCACAUCUUCUGCGAGGAGUGCAUUUCGCAUUGGUUUAACCAGGAGAAGACGUGCCCACUCUGCCGCAUGGUUAUCUCUGACAAGGUGCAUAAGUGGAAAGACGGCGCGACAUCGGCUUAUUUACAGAUUUACUGAACGCGCUGCUGACCGACUGGAUGAAGACAAAGUAUUUAUAGUGAAUCAACUCAAGUGUCUCCAUCUUGUUAGAUUGCUGGGUUGAGAUUGCAGCACUUGGUAGAGGGCAGUAGCUAUUGGGUUAGUGGUGGAUAUCUCAAACAGUCACUCUUUUUGAGUUUGUUUGUAUGGAUAAAUCUUGUCAAAAAGACAAGCAUAUUCACCAGCUCUUAGUAUUAUUAUAAUUAAUGAUUAUUAUUAUUGUUGCAUGGAAUCAUUUAAUUUUUAGACUAUAAUUUAUAUAUUAUGGUGUUCUUGCCAUCUAUGGUUUUACUAAUAUUUUGUCUUUUGGGGCAUAAAUGGAAAGAUACAAUCUUUUGACGAAGAUGGGGACAUAAUGUGAUAUUGUAUGUGUGAACGAAACACAAAGACAAUUAAUAGUUUUUGCUCCCUAGAAGUAUUUUAAUAUAUUUCUUUCAUUUUCUCAGAGUCCAUUCUCUUUUGUAUGAAAGAUACAUUUUGUCAACGGUUGUUUAUUUUGUAACAAAACAUCUUUACAUUUAUGAAUCUACAUUCAAGGAGGCUGAAUAUGCAGGUGUUUACAUUUGUAAACUAUCGCAUUUCAAAUAUUCCGGUUUGGUCAUCGGAUGUAAAUGGGAUGUUUACGUUUUCUGGGAUAUAUUUACUUCUUUAAUUUGUCAGAGAAUGUAGCAUUAGAAUUUCCUGAAAUACCGAUUUCUCUGUGAUUUAUUCAUUACUGCACUGUGAUUUAUUCAUCGUUACUGCACUGAACAAUUCAGGGCUACACAGUUUCGUGGUAUUUUUCUAAUCAUGCUUGUAAUAAACCAAAGGAAUAUUUUCUUACCAUGAUACAGUAUGCAGUUACAAAUAUAUUUUACAGCACGCAAGUGGGUUUCAUAAAAAGAAAGAGAAUUGACCAAAUAAAGUCUUCAGUAAAUGCAA